AUGCUCGCAGAGCCGGUGCCCGCUACCCCAGAGCAAGAGCAAUUCCGGGCUAUCAAGCUGGAGGACGAGGAGGCUGCUGACCAGGAGAGUCACGGGCGGCCGGAGGCCAGGCCUCGGCCCGAGGUAGCCCACCAGCUCUUCAGAUGCUUCCAGUACCAGGAAGACAUGGGGCCCCGGGCGUCGCUGAGCCGUCUGCGGGAGCUGUGCUGCCACUGGCUGCAGCCAUCUCUGCACACCAAGAAGCAGAUCCUGGAGCUGCUGGUGCUGGAGCAGUUUCUCAGCGUGCUGCCCCCGCACCUGCUGGGCCGUCUGCAAGGCCAGUGCCUCAGGGACGGAGAGGAGGUGGUGCUGCUGCUGGAGGGCGUGUCCCGGGACACCGGCCACGUGGGGCCACUGGAUUUUAGUUUCAGCUCUAUCAAGAACUGCCCUCUGGAGGAACAGGGGGGGCCUGCCCAGGUCACCAGCCACAGCCCCAAAAAAGAAGCGCCCCCCGAAGAGCCCUCCGUGCCUUGCCCAGCGAGCGAACCGCCCCCAUCUCAGCCUGGCCCUGCCAGGCCUGCGGAGCCUGCGGAAUGGAGGCCUGCUCCAAGCUCCAAGCCACCACUCAGCCCCGGGCCGCAGAGGACGCUUUUCACCCUGCAUGAAAACACGCCCCAGGACCACUCGUGGCCAGAGGAGAACUCUCGAGAUAAGGAGAUGGCAGCUAAAGAGCUGGCAGCGGUGCUGGAGACCUUGUCUUUUGAGGAUGCCCCAGAGAAGAAGAGUGUGUACCCUCAUGAAUUCAUAAGCCGAAUUACAGACAGUGAAGACUUUAAACAAGCAGAGCCCAAAGGAGCUGCCUGGCCCCCGAUCUUCUCAGCAGAGUCCCCCGCAGACAGCGCGGUGGUGGGCGGGGAGCCUCUCCCCGCGAGGCCGGAGCCGGAGGCGGGCGCCGGGGGCAGCGCAGGCGCAGACCGAGCCGCGGGCCGCGGCCCCCGCAGGGCCGGGGCCGCCAAAGCCGCCAAACACUUCCUGUGCACCGAGUGCGGGGCGAGCUUCCCCAAGCUGUCCCGCCUGGAGACGCACCAGCUGAGCUCGCACCCGGGCCACCGCUCCUUCGCCUGCCCGCACUGCGCCAAGACCUUCGGCCGCAGCUCCAUCCUCAAGCUGCACCUGCGCACGCACACGGACGAGCGCCCGCACGCCUGCCACCUGUGCGGCCACCGCUUCCGCCAGAGCUCGCACCUGACCAAGCACCUGCUCACGCACUCGGCCGAGCCGCACUUCCGCUGCGCCGAGUGCGACCAGGGCUUCCAGCGCCGCUCCAGCCUGGUGCAGCACCUCCUGGCGCAUGCCCAGGACCCGGACCCCAAGCCCGAGCCGGAGGCCCGGCCGCCUGUCUUCCUGUGCUCGCGCUGCGGGCAGACCUUCCAGCGGCGCUCCAGCCUCAAGCGGCACCUGCGGAUCCACGGCGCGGACGGGGCGGGGGACGCGGCGGCGGCCGGGGCCGGCGCGGGCCGGGAGAGCCGGCCGUACAAGUGCGCCGACUGCGGCAAGGCCUUCCGGCGCGGCGAGCACCUGGUCACGCACUGGCGCGUGCACACGGGCGAGCGGCCGUUCUCCUGCCGCGCGUGCGGCCGCAGCUUCACGCAGAGCUCGCAGCUGGCCAGCCACCAGCAGGUGCACUCGGGCGAGCGGCCGCACGCGUGUCCGCAGUGCGGGAAGCGCUUCCGCGCCGGCCUGGCCCGCCACCUGCUCACGCACGGCGGGCCCCGGCCGUACCGCUGCGGCCAGUGCGGCAAGACCUUCACCCAGACCCAGGACCUGACCCGCCACGUGCGCAGCCACACCGGGGAGAAGCCGUGCCGCUGCAGCCAGUGCGGGGAGGGCUUCAGCCAGAACGCGCACCUCACCCGCCACCAGCGCAUCCACACCGGGGAGAAGCCGCACGCCUGCGACACCUGCGGCCACCGCUUCCGCAACAGCUCCAACCUGGCCCGCCACCGCCGCAGCCACACCGGCGAGCGGCCCUACGCCUGCCCCACCUGCGGCCGCAGCUUCCGGCGCAACGCGCACCUGCAGCGCCACCUGGUCACGCACACGGGCGCGGGGCCCGAGGUCGAGGCCCCCCAGGAGUGCCCCGAGUGCGGCAAGAGCUUCAGCCGCAGCUGCAACCUGCUGCGCCACCUGCUGGUGCACUCGGGCGCCCGGCCCUACGCAUGCGCGCAGUGCGGCCGCAGCUUCAGCCGCAACUCGCACCUGCUGCGCCACCUGCGCACGCAUGCGCGGGAGACGCUGUACUAG